AGAUUUUUAGUACAGUUCUCUCGUGUCCCGCAGACUUAUUGCCUUAUCUUUAUCUUGACAGUCUUAUCUCCUUGACUCGGUCAGAGCUUCAAACUCAUUUAUUAGAAAGGAAGAGUAAAGGAGAGGACAGACUACAAUGACUCUCUCUGUUAUUUUCUUCCUUACGACUGCAGCAGGAUGUGUCCUGGCAGCACAGGAUCAGCAAAGCCGCCAGGAUGUAAGUCUCACAGAACUCGUGGCUACAGUAGAAAGUCUUUUGGACAGAAUACAAGGUCUCGAGGCAGAAAAGCAGUCAUUGGAGAUGAGAGUUGAAUGCCUGGAGACACUGUGCUCAUUCUCUGAUGUCCUCCUUCCAGGAGAAGGCACAGCAGAUGGAAACGAGGCUGUAAGUCUUGCGAGAGACAGUCAAACACAAGCGCGUGCUGUCGUUGUUCGGUCAGACGACAGCGACCCCCUGAUACCGGUCGUGACUCAGUUGACAGAAAGGGUUAACGAGGUCAGUGCCGGUCUGCAGGCUCUGAAGAGCGAGAUGACUGAAGCUUCCACGUCUGUCUUUGUGCGGUGGGGAAGCUCCACGUGUACAGACUCUUCUGUCCUCGUCUACUCCGGUGGAGUCGGGGGGUCUCAUUUUACAUCUCCAGGAGCAGCAGCCAACUACCUGUGUCUGCCCCUCUCUAAUGUCACCUUGUCGGACAUCACGGUCAACAAUUACGCACAGCUUUACGGAGGAGAGUAUGAAACACUUGAUGGACACUUUGAGAAAGAUCCCCUGUGUGCCGUGUGUCGAUCGUCUCGCGCCAAUAAUGUGAUGAUCCCGGCGACGACUGUCUGUCCGGGUGGCUGAACCUCGGAGUACAGCGGGUGGCUGAUGGCAGGAGAUCCACCGCACAACGCUGCCUCUGAAUUCAUCUGCGUGGACUCCAAGAUGGAGGAGAGGACAGGCAGCGAGGAAAACAACAAUGGGAAGCUCCUGUAUUACACGUCUACCG